AUGGACGUGUAUUUUUGUAAAAAAAUUUCGAAAUAUAAAAAUAAAAAAUCCCGGUCUCAGGUUCUGGCGAUUCUGGUCCAGGCAGACACCCCGGUCACCGGCCGAUCUGAACCGAAGCCCAAGUCCAGAACCCCAAAAUCGGGGCCGGCCGACGCGCCGUCAGAUCCAGGACUUAUCCGACGGAUUCACGCAAAGGCGGCGCACGGUGUUCGUUCCCCGCUCCCGGAUUCCGCCAAUCCCCGUCCACAUCUACGGCUCCACCCACCCCUCCGCUCCUCCUCCGCCUUCGCCGAGGCGCGGCCCGAUUCCCCCUUCGCCACCUGCCGACACGGCUCGUGCUCGCUAGAUGCCACGGGAGGAGGCGAGCUACUUCUUGGAACAUCUGCUCUAGUCUACUCAUCCUCCGCCCCUCCAGCCCGACCGGAGAUCCGUGCCUUUCAGUUCCCGGAAGUAAGCCCGAUGAUCACAGGGCGGGCUUUCUGCAAGGUGGCGUUAUUGAGGGGUAAGUUAUAUGUUGUUGGUGGAGUCAGUAGGGGUCGAAACAGCUUGCUUCCUCUGCGCUCAGCUGAAGUGUUUGAUCCAAAAACUGGUUUGUGGAGUGAGCUGCCAGAAAUGCCUUUUGAGAAAGCACAUGUACUCCCCACAGCUUUCUUGGAUGUGUUGAAGCCUAUUGCCACAGGAAUGGCACCCUACAAGGGAAAGCUUUAUGUUCCUCAGAGUUUGUACUCAUGGCCAUUCUUUUUCGAAAUUGGAGGUGAGAUCUAUGACCCAGAACUGAAUUCUUGGUCAACGAUGCCGGAUGGUCUCGGUUAUGGAUGGCCAGCAAGACAGGCAGGCACAAAAUUGGGUAUUGUGAUCAAUGACAAACUUUAUACCUUGCAGCCUUCCAGCUCUUUGGACAGUGGCCAGAUAAAAAGAUAUGACUCUGAAGAAGACACAUGGAUAACUAUUGAACCACAGGUUCCCGUGAAUGACUUCACUGAUGCAGAGGCUCCUUAUUUACUUGCUGGCCUUCAUGGAAGGCUCCACGUUAUUACAAAAUCGGGAAACAAUAAUCUUGAAGUUAUGCAGGCUGUGGUGCAGAAUAACACAGACAACAAUGCAUCUGAAGAAAAUGUAUUAUGGACUACAGUGUCUUCCAAGAACUUUGGGGCUGCUGAGCUUGUCAGCUGCCAGGUUCUUGAUGUUUAAAAAAUGGAUCACCGUUCAAACUUAUAGAUAAUAUAUUUGGGCAUCGGGCUAUCUUUUUAGCCAACAAGUAUACUUUUUUUUUCUUUUUUUUGCGUGUGUGGAACGGGCCUUUAAUUUGACAAGGAGAGAUAUCAAUUACAGGUGUUCAGAUUUGUAUAAGUUGACUCAAUUGAUGUAACACUGUGUGUAUAUAUAGACGUACACUCCAUAUGAUUAAUGUACAGUUAGUAUAGUUGUAAACAAGAUGUGAUUUUUCA